CUUUUUCUCUCCUUCUCCUCUCUCAUCUCUCUUUCCCUAAAACUCGGGAUUUUCAGUAUAUUCCCCCUGCAAAUUUCAGGGUUUUCGUAAAGAAGAAAAAACAAAAAAUCUCCUUCCCCGAUCUCUCUAAAGAUUCUCUCUUUCCAAAAGGAGAGAAAAUCUGCAUUCUCCUCCCUUCUUCUUGGCGCCUGCUGCUGCUUUGUUCUUUCCAGCUCGUUUGAAUCAGGUUUUGUAGUUGAAGCUCAAGAUCAGCCUAACAGUGUAUUACUUGUAGUAAAAGCCUUAGAGAUGAUAAGUGUUAACUUUUAAUGGACCGUUCACCAACAAGCAGUGACAAGAAAACAUUGAAGAAGUGGUUUUUCAUUGACAAAACAGUCGGAUAAAAAGCGUUCCUAUCGAAUUUUCUUGUCUGAAAGCAUUUUGAUUUGGAGUUGGAUGGAUAUUAACAUAAACAAGACGACCCCUGUUCUCUCUGAGCCUACUACACCAGUCAGCAAAUCAAGACUCGGAUCAUCCUUCCCUUCAGGUAGAUUCAUGAGUUUGAGGAAGAAGAUCCCUAAGCUCGACGAUGUUAGAUCCAAUGGUUGGUUAGAAGCAAUGAUUUCCUCUUCCCCGCCACGUAAGAGGCUUGUCAAGGACUUCAACAUCGAGAUUGCUCCUGAAGAUGACUUUGCUCAACGGGCUUGGAUGCUCAAGUAUCCUUCAGCGAUUACCUCUUUUGGGCAUAUUGCAGCUCAAGCUAAGGACAAGAAGAUAGCUGUGUUUUUAGACUAUGAUGGAACACUUUCCCCAAUAGUCGAUGACCCUGAUCGUGCCAUUAUGUCUGAUGCGAUGCGUGCUGCUGUUAAAGAUGUGGCCAAGUACUUCCCAACAGCAAUUAUUAGUGGUAGAAGCCGUGACAAGGUUUACGAAUUGGUAGGACUAACCGAACUCUAUUACGCGGGUAGUCAUGGCAUGGACAUAAUGACUCCAGCAAAUGUUAAUGGGUCACCUGAAAACCCCAACUGUAUAAAAUCCACUGACCAGCAGGGUGAGGAGGUAAACCUCUUUCAGCCUGCCAAAGAGUUCAUACCGGUCAUCGAAGAGGUUUAUAAAAAUCUCGUUGAGCUAACUAAAUCUAUCAAAGGUGCAAAAGUAGAGAACCACAAGUUCUGCGCCUCUGUUCAUUACCGUAACGUUGAUAAGGAAGACUGGCUAAUCGUUGCUCAACGCGUUCAUGACCACCUGAAGCAAUACCCUCGUCUGCGUCUAACUCACGGGAGAAAGGUUUUAGAAGUUCGUCCUGUGAUAGAGUGGAACAAAGGGAAAGCAGUGGAGUUUCUGUUGGAAUCUCUCGGAUUAAGCAACGAUGAUGACUUCCUCCCAAUCUUUAUCGGAGAUGACAAGACUGAUGAGGAUGCCUUCAAGGUACUAAGGGAGAAGGAGCAAGGAUUUGGAAUAUUGGUAUCGUCCGUGCCUAAAGAAAGCAAUGCGUUCUACUCUCUUAGAGACCCCUCAGAGGUAAAGAAGUUUCUCAAGACUUUGGUGAAAUGGAGAAAGAUGGAAGACUCCACAAGUAUUUGAUGAUUGUGUAGGAGUAUCAUAAGAGCUUCAUCCAACGCUCUACUUGUUUUUUUUGUUUUGUUUCACUUUCUAGUUUCUGUUUUUAACAGUUUCGGCAUUUAUAUUUUAAUUUAUCAUUUUUCCAUAUUAUCCACCAAUUAAAAUGUAUUACAAUUAAGAAUUUUCAUUAUUCAUUUCAUAAGUUUCUUAA